AUGAGUGAAGCAAACUCAGCAGUAUCUGGUAGCAAGGAACACAAAUUCAACCCAAACUUUACGGAUGCAGUGAUUAAUGCGACAGGGCCCAAUGCUACUCCUCGGGUCCGACAGCUUGCGGCGGGGUUGAUACGGCAUCUGCACGAUUUCGCGAGAGAGAAUGAGCUCACGGUUGAUGAGUGGAUGGCAGGUGUUCAACUGAUAAACGAAGCAGGUCGCAUGUCCGACUCUAAACGCAAUGAAGGCCAGCUGCUUUGCGAUGUUCUCGGCCUUGAGUCUCUUGUCGAUGAGAUAACAUACAAGCUCGCUUCCACAGCUGCAGAUGAACCUACUGCUACUGCCAUCUUGGGACCCUUCUACCGAGAAAACGCACCGGAGCUACCCAUGGGGUCUUGUAUCGUGUCAAAGGAAAUCAACGAACAAGGCGACCGUACUUGGAUGCAUGGAACAGUCACCGACUUCAAAACUGGAAAACCCAUUGAAGGCGCAGUAGUAGAUGUCUGGCACACGGCACCAAACGGCCUGUAUGAGCAGCAGGAUCCUAAUCAACCAGAUAUGAACCUUAGGGGAAGGUUCACAACUGGAAAGGAUGGGACAUACAGCUUUUAUUGUUUGCGGCCUGUACCAUAUCCUAUUCCUUUCGAUGGUCCGGCCGGAAAGGUUCUACAGGCGCUCGAUAGGCACCCGAUGCGACCGGCACAUAUACAUUUCUUGCUUACGGCGCCUGGCUACAAGCCUGUUGUUACGCAAAUUUUCGACCGCAAGAGCAAGUACCUUGACGAUGAUGCAGUCUUCGCAGUCAAGGAUUCACUCGUUGUAGACUUCAAGCCUUUUGAGGGUGACCCGAAAGCAGAUUUUGAGCUGCCGUAUGACUUUAAGAUGGCGAGCUUCAAGGAUGCGGAGAAGCACUAA